AAUGUGAAAGCAUUUGCAUCUUCAGAUAGCCUAGCCAAGGUCCAAGAAGUAGCAAGCUGGCUUUUGGAAAUGAAUCAGGAACUGCUCUCUGUGGGCAGCAAGAGGCGACGAACCGGUGGGUCCCUUCGAGGUAAUCCUUCCUCCAGCCAAGUGGAUGAGGAGCAGAUGAAUCGAGUUGUAGAGGAGGAGGAGCAGCAGCAGAGACGACAACAAGAGGAGCAGCAUCUUGGGCGGAAUGGGGAGAUAGGGGGAGAAGAACCUGGAUUUGGUGACAGGCAUGAAUCCCAGCAGGAACAGUUGGAAGAAAAUAACAAUAGACUUAUUACACUGGAUGAAGAAUCCACUUGUAAUCAAGAGGAAGAAGAUGAUGAUGAACACGCUGGUGAUCAAGAUGAGGAGGUGGAAGAGGAGGAGGAAAUGGACCAGGAGAGCGAUGACUUUGAUCAGUCAGAUGACAGCAGUAGAGAAGAAGAACACUCUAACAGUAAUAGUGUCAGAAAUUCCAAUAGCCUCAUGGACUUGCCCAUGCACCAGUCAUCGCCAUUCUACAUAAAGACAAAGAUGAAGAGGAAGUUGGACCAUGGCUCCGAGGUCCGUUCUUUCUCUCUGGGAAAGAAACCCUGCAAAGUCUCUGAAUACACAAGUACGACGGGGCUGGUGCCGUGCUCUGCCACACCUACCACUUUUGGGGACCUGAGGGCAGCCAACGGGCAGGGGCAGCAGCGUCGCCGCAUUACGUCUGUGCAGCCACCCACGGGCCUCCAGGAAUGGCUCAAGAUGUUCCAGAGCUGGAGUGGACCAGAGAAAUUACUUGCUUUAGAYGAACUUAUUGAUAGUUGUGAACCAACACAAGUAAAACACAUGAUGCAAGUGAUAGAGCCCCAGUUUCAAAGAGACUUUAUUUCCUUGCUCCCAAAAGAGCUGGCACUGUACGUGCUGUCAUUCCUGGAACCCAGGGACCUUCUGCAGGCAGCCCAGACCUGCCGUUACUGGAGGAUUUUGGCUGAAGAUAAUCUUCUCUGGAGAGAGAAAUGCAAAGAGGAAGGGAUCGAUGAACCCUUACAUAUCAAGAGAAGGAAAGUAAUAAAGCCAGGCUUUAUACAUAGUCCGUGGAAAAGUGCGUACAUUAGGCAACACAGAAUUGAUACCAACUGGCGGCGAGGGGAACUUAAAUCGCCUAAGGUGCUCAAAGGCCACGACGACCACGUCAUCACCUGCCUCCAGUUCUGCGGGAACCGAAUAGUGAGCGGCUCGGAUGACAACACGUUAAAAGUUUGGUCCGCAGUUACAGGCAAGUGUUUGAGGACCCUAGUUGGGCACACAGGCGGCGUCUGGUCCUCGCAGAUGAGGGACAACAUCAUCAUCAGCGGAUCGACAGACCGCACGUUGAAAGUCUGGAAUGCCGAAACCGGGGAGUGCAUUCACACGUUGUACGGCCACACCUCCACUGUGCGCUGUAUGCAUCUCCACGAGAAAAGAGUGGUCAGUGGCUCUCGGGACGCGACGCUCAGAGUGUGGGACAUAGAGACGGGCCAGUGUUUACACGUCCUGAUGGGCCACGUAGCCGCAGUGCGGUGCGUUCAGUACGACGGCAGAAGGGUUGUAAGUGGUGCCUACGAUUUUAUGGUCAAGGUGUGGGAUCCAGAGACAGAGACCUGCCUGCACACACUGCAGGGGCAUACCAACAGAGUCUACUCCCUGCAGUUUGAUGGCAUCCACGUGGUGAGUGGAUCUCUUGACACUUCCAUCCGAGUUUGGGAUGUGGAGACAGGAAACUGCAUUCACACGCUAACAGGCCACCAGUCAUUAACAAGUGGAAUGGAACUCAAGGACAAUAUCCUGGUGUCUGGGAAUGCCGAUUCCACAGUCAAAAUCUGGGACAUUAAAACAGGACAAUGUUUACAGACAUUGCAAGGUCCCAACAAGCAUCAGAGUGCUGUGACCUGUUUACAGUUCAACAAGAACUUUGUAAUUACCAGCUCAGAUGAUGGAACUGUAAAACUUUGGGACUUGAAAACGGGUGAAUUUAUCCGAAAUCUAGUCACAUUGGAGAGCGGGGGGAGCGGAGGCGUCGUGUGGCGGAUCAGAGCUUCCAACACGAAGCUCGUGUGCGCCGUCGGCAGCCGGAACGGGACUGAGGAAACAAAGCUGCUGGUGUUGGACUUUGACGUGGAUAUGAAGUGAAGGGCAGAAAGAUGAAUUUGUCCAGAGGUGUAGACGAUGUUCUCCUUUCCCUCCCCCUGAAAAACAGAAAAAAAAAAAUAGAAAAAAAGAGAAAAAAAAAGAAAAAGGAAAAAAAAAUCCCUUAUCCUUGGUGGUGCAGGAUGUUGGCUUGGGGCAACAGAUCCUAAAGACCUACAGACUACGAAGGAGAAGACAAACAUGACAAACUAUAACUGACAAGAGAGGCAUUUGCUGUCUCGUCACAUAAAAAGGCUACACUUUUGACCGGGGCAGCUUUGCAAAAAUACGACUUUCUAAAUGAAACCAGGUGCAAUUAUUUCUUUAUUUUUCCUCCAAGUGCUCCUUGAGCAAUUUGGAGGUUAAAAAAAAAAAAAUUAGAAUUCUUGUUACCAGGUUAUUUUACCGCAAAGAUCUGGAGCGAAGCUGCAGCCGCGGGGCCGCUCGCGCGGCCGGGGCGCCGCACGGGCCCCGCUCUGCGCGGGCAGGGCAGCCGACCUCCAGCGCACCCGUCCAACCCAACCUCUGCGACUUGCAAAACGUAGAGAGCAUCUGCAAUGAAAAGAGAAAAAAAAGUCCAUUCCUGGUGUGGAAAAGCUAAAAUAUUACUGUGAAUUGUUUUGUACAGUUUUAUCAGAGCUUUUUCUUUUUUUCCUUUUUUUUUUUUUUGCCAACCAUUGCCAAUGUCAAUCACAGUAUUAGCCUCUGUUUAAUCUAUUUCCUGUUGCUUCCAUCUACACUCUUCAACACAUAAGUUGCUCUGAGGUGGCAAGUUGUCCUGGGUUUUGAGAGUCCUCUGAUGGAUUUAAUUCGCAAUGCUGGUGCUAGAAGUAGGUCUUCAAUUACGGGAUUGUUGUCCCACCCCUGUACUGUAUUCCCAGUGGCCAAACUUAUUUAUGCUGCUAAAUGAAAGGAAGAAAAGCAAAUUAUUUUUUUUUAUUUUUUUUUCUGCUGUGACGUUUUAGUCCCAGACUGAAUUCCAAAUUUGCUCUAGUUUGGUUACGGAAAAAGACUUUUUGCCACUGAAACUUGAGCCAACUGUGCCUCUAAGAGGCUGAGAGUGGAAGAGUUUCAGACAAUUAAGAGUGAAGUUUGCCUGCAAAUAAAGAAUUGAGUGUGUGUGCAAAGCUUAUUUUCUUUUUUUCUGGGCAAAAAUUAAAACACAUUCCUUAGAACAAAGCUCUUGCAGCCUGUUCUGUGGGGAAAAUUUUCUUUGUGAGGGCUGUGGUGAAUGGAAUGAACAUACAUAAAAAAAAAACUGACAAAAUUUUUAAAAAAUAUUAUAAAAUACAAAAAGGAAAAUAAAGUUGCUGGUCAGUCUUAGUGUUUUACAGUAUUUGAGAAGAAACAACUGUUACAGUUAUUGCUGGGAGGAACUGACAGAGCAAAAACUUACGUUUUUGUAAAGUUGUCACACGCAAACAAAACAAAAAAUGAACGAGUCAAAUGGUUUGCCUCAUUCUCCAAGAGCCACAACUCAAGCUGAACUGUGAAAGUGGUUUAACACUGUAUCCUAGGCGAUCUUUUUUCCUCCUUUUU